CGAUUUUUAAAUUUGUUUUGAACGGUUAGAAAACUGUCAGAAAACUGUUUAUAGAUUUUUGGGAUUUUUGUAAAUAGUGAAGUGAUGUUUAUAUUCUGAUAUUUAAAAAGAUAAUAGUAUGGAAUCUUUAAAGUUAAAACUCUCUAGAUAAUUAACAAUUAGAGAGAUACUUUAAAUAAUUGUAUAUAUUUUAUUUCAACUGUAAACAAUGAAUAAAACCAUUUCUCAGUUACUUAAAAGCUGUCGAGAUGAGCAACCUUCAAUUAAUCAGGAUUGCAAAAAUCCUGGUUUUUCGGAAAUUUAUACUAAUGAUUCUUUAGAAAAAUUGGAAACCGAUAUGAAAAAUUUUAUGAAUUCACAAAAAGUUCACUCUAGUGUUGUUGGAUAUGCGAGCAUUAACAAAAUGCUGGCUAUGUGCUCCUUACUGAGAGGAAAUGCUAAUGAAGCUACAUGUUUCUUAGCAGAAACACACGCUACUAGUCUUCGACAGAGUGUUAUUGUUAGAUACAUUAAAACGAAAACACGCACCAAAUAUCAAAUUAAACCGCCUACUUACGGAUUAAGUACAGAUCAUUUGAAAUAUAACAUGGGAAAUUGUUUAGACUACAAAUCUCUACAAGAGAAACUGGCAAUUCUACCACCUGAAUGGUACGUGCUUCAAGUUACAAUUCAACAUGAGAAUUUAGAUCAUUACAAGUACAAUGAAAAUACGGGAAAUUUUCUUUACACUUUACGUAAAACACAUCCAAUACACAUCAGUAUUUUUCCCACUGGACCAAAUGCAAUCGAACCUUUCUGUUUGACGUUACCAAAGCCCUCGACGAAUGACAAUUAUGAUUUACGUAGUGAAAUAGAAUCAAUUUUGAAUAAAAACAAAUCUGACUUGUCGAAUAGUUAUUCUAAUCGAAAGCUUUACUGGGAGAUGCGCAAAAGACAAGAUACUCAAAUGAAGACUGCUGUAACUGCAUUGGAAAAAACAUGGUUAAGAGAAUGGAGAAUUCUCUUCCUUGCGGAUCCAUUAGAAAAUUCAAUGAUUGUCGAAAGGGCACAUAAUAUAAUAGAUAAACUUAUUGACGACUCUAGUAAUUCCAAAGAAAUUUCAACUAGUACUCGAUGGUUACUAAAAAAAAUAUCAACUUGUGCAAGUUAUUUAUCAAAGGAGGAAUGUGCAAGGGCAAUAAAGUAUUUAUUGCCUAAUCAACGAAAACUUGCAAAACACAUUAUGUUAUCCAUUCAGGGAUUAUCGAGAGAAAUAGAAAGUAUACAACUUUUAAGAAGGAAAAAUCUCAUUUUAAUUAUAGAUGAAAAUUUAGAUUAUAUACCCUUCGAAGCGAUGGAGAUACUGAAAAAUCAACCUGUUACUCGAUUCCCAUCAAUUCACUUUACUUACGCCUUGUUUAUGGAAAAUCGAGAUUCAAUUGUCAAUGGCUGUAAAGUUGUGAAAAUAUCUAAAGACAUUGGCUCCUUCAUCGUGAAUCCUUCUUGUGAUCUUCUUAAAAUGGAAACUAGAUUAAAAACUUUUAUUGAUUACUGGCUUCCUAAUUGGAAGGGAUUAUAUGGAAAGGAACCAGAUAAUAAACAUUUUGAAGACGCUCUAGUCAAUCAUGACAUUUUAAUGUAUGCUGGUCAUGGAAGUGGUAUUCAGUACUUGUAUGUGGAAGAAAUUGAAAGACUUCGAGUAAAAGCAAUUGUACUACUUUUUGGAUGUAGCAGUUUGAAACUCACGCCCGUUGGAGGUCGGCAGCCACCUUUCGGCGUUUCUAAUCAAUAUUUAGCAGCUUGCAGUCCUUGUAAUUUGGGAAUGCUCUGGGAAGUCACUGAUGGAGAUUGUGAUAAAUUGACAGCAAGAUUUAUGAGCGAAUGGAUUCCAAGUGAGAGAAAAGAACCAUGGUCUUCUGUAGAUUUAACGAAAUGGGAAAGUGGUAAUUUAGUUUUUAGUACAAAACUUAAAAAACCUGAACCAAAUGAAUUUGAAAUGCUAAGAGCAAUUGCAAAGUCAAAAAAUACAUGCUUGCAAUUCAUGACCGCAGCAGCUACAAUAGUUCGAGGAUUGCCAAUAAUUUUAAAACAAGUUUGAACGUGUUUUAUCAUAUGAGGUGUGUGUAAAUACGAUUUAUACUGAAAAUAUACAAACAAUUUUUUUCUCAAAAUGAAUUCUAUGUAAUAGGAAAUUUUUUUUAUAAUUAAAAAUAUUUAAACAUUUGAAAAUUUAAAAUUGUAAA